CGGCGGUGAUUUACGAAGUGUAAUAAUCGCACGAGCGGACGUCGCGAAGAAGACCUACGAUGUCGGUUCUCCCGGAGCAGUAGGACGCUCGAGUGAUGAAGAUAUGGCGUCCCUUCUGCUGCAGGACGUGAAUGGAGACAGACGAGCGUCCCGUAAACGGUGGAACGCCUUGGCUCUUUUCUGUGCCCUAACCUUCGCCCAGUGCUGCGUCGGGAAUACCUGGGGUCCCAUCGCCACCUCGGCCAUGCUGGCUUUCCCAUCCUGGCAGAAGAGCAUCGUCGCUCUACUCUCCAACUGGGGAUGCAUUGCUUACCUCUCCUGUUGUCUACCCAGCUGUUGGUUUCUCAAUCGGCAUGGAUUAAAGGCGCCAUUGCGCACGGCUGCCGUUAUAUCGACAGUUGCUACGUUUCUUCGAUGCCUGACAUCACAGGAAACUGCCUUCACCGUAUCAGCACACGUGGCAGCGAUCAUGAACGGGUUGUCAGGGGUGAUAAUUGGCCCAGCCGCAGCGCUGGUUUCUGCCACUUGGUUUCCACCUGGCGAGCGAACCACAGCAACAGGCAUCUCGGCCUGUUUCAACCAGCUUGGUGUGGCUGGUUCAUAUUUGGUUGGGCCGGGAAUAGUAGCGGCACCUAGACUCCGUAAUCGAAGUAUCGCGGAUGAACACAGGGGUGUGAUAAAUGGUCCAGAUCCUUCCUCCGUACGCGCUCAAGUUAUGUCUCUGAUGCGAAUCGGUGUGUUGAAAUAAUCACAUCAACCGUCAAUGAGGUAUGAGGUACGAAUGUGAAAAAUGAGGUAUAUAUAUUAUUUGGUGUCCUUGAAGCGCAGAAUUCGUCAUGCUCUUUCUGAUUCUGACCGGUUUCUUGUGCUUCUUCCCUACGCCUUCGGCGCAAUUUCAACGCCCGCGUCCGCCAGCUUCCAGUGGUCACUUCGGCCUUUUCAAGUCGCUCCAUUACUUGACCCACAAUAUCAGCGUGUGGAAACUUUGUGGAGCCGCAGCAUUGAGCCAAGGAGUGACUGGACCCUGGCUCGCAAUGAUCACGAUGGCUUUUGCUUCAACUGUAACUCAGGGCGAAGCCGAUAGGUUGGCUUUCUGGACAGUAAUUUUGGGUAGUUCUCUGGGUGUUUGCGCAUCACGGUUGAUGGAUAUUUUCCAAGGUCACUUGAAGAUCGCCAUCUUCGGUUUACUUGUUGCAUCUUCAGCCAUGUUCUUGUGGGUUUUGUUGCUGGAAAAGCGAGUGUUGACCUUCACCAAAGGAGAAUUCUACACAGCUGUGGCUCUCGGAGUUUCGUCCAGUUGGGCAACGCCCGCCUUAUUUCUGGAAUUAGCUUCCGAAAUUGCCUAUCCGGUUUCCGAAGCUAUUGUGGGGGGAUACAUGAUCUUUUUGGUCAAUUUCGUCGCCGCAACAUUUUACUUCUCUUAUUUCGUGCCUGAUAUGAGUGAACGUUGGUCCAGUUAUUGGGUCUUCGGUAGCCUGACAGUCGCUUCGAUUUUAGUUUUAUACGUGAAGGACGAAUAUAAUCGAACACUAGCUAUGCGCGAUAUAAUCCACGUUUCCGACGACCAACAAGUAACUGCGAUGAAAUAUCGGAGAUGACAUCGACUUGCCCGGCAUGAUCUGAAUAUUGAAAGUUGAAAGGAACACUUGAAUCUAUUUAGUCCUGGGCAGAAAAGCAUGGAUGCCACCGAUUCAAUGAAAUUAAAUACGCAAU